AUGAAAAUGAAUUUCCUUAAGUUAACACAAGAUAGAUUAUCAUUAGAUGCAAUAUUAGAUUUAGUAUCAUCGCCUACCUGUGGUGCCUCAUCGUUUUUCGUUGGAACUACUAGGGAUAAUUUCGAAGGAAAGGUAGUUUUAUCUUUAGAAUAUGAGGCGUACGAAAGUAUGGCUGUGAAAGCCAUGGAAGAGUUAUGUGUUGAAAUAAGAAAACAAUGGGAAACAGUGGAAAAAAUUGCAAUUUAUCAUAGAUUGGGAAAUGUACCAGUUAAGGAAGCCAGUGUUGUUAUUGCUAUAUCUUCCCCCCAUAGAGUAGAAGCAAUGAAAGCAACGGAAUGGUGUAUAGAUAACCUGAAAAAAUCUGUCCCGAUUUGGAAGAAGGAGAUAUACCAAGGGGAGACACCUGAAUGGAAGGAAAAUAAAGAAUCUCCAUCCGUUGCCGAAGUAAAGCCGAAAAAGACAAAAUUGGAGAUCGCACAGGAGAUCGACGUGCCCUACGUUGCGCCCCACUUGCUCCAGAUAAAGGCGCCGAACGAAGAAAUCAACAGGAGGAUCCGAACCUUGAUGGAGCGUAAAAGGAACGAGAUAAACAUCAAUAACAUCUCGGAAUUCUGCAGCGGGGAUAGGAACUCGGAAUUCAUUUGCGCCAGGAUAGAUGCCAAAUUGAAGAAGAGAAAAGACGCCAAAGGACAUCUCCAAGUUGACCGUGUUUUGAAUUCUUAUUAUCAAAGGGACCAGAUCAAUUCGGAUUACCUGACCAAGUACAUGCCACCAAACGGAGUAGAAGAAAGAAUCCAGAAUUUGGAAAGUCAACUAACCCUGACAUCUCAGGCACCUUCGAAUAUUUUUGCUCGAUUGCAAUUAUUAGAAGAGCGGAUGCUGAAACUUGAGUCGAUUUCGCCUGAAUACAUUCAAUUUUGGGACAAGACUACAGAAAAAACUACGAAAUCGGUAAAGAAAAAAAUAUUUUCCAUGGAAGAAAUCGAUACACUAAUAAAAGAUUUAGAGAACAAGAUGGUAAAGUAAGACAAUAACCAUAUCUAUAUAAGGAGGACAAAUAGUUCACAGCCAUCAGUACUUACCUUGGCAAAUCGAUCUACUAUAGAACUGUGAAUCCUUUGAUUUUCAUCUAUGGAAUAUGCUUCUUCAAUAAAUAUUAUAUUUUCUUAUUGAAUUUUAGGUAUGUAUAUUUUAAAGCUUCGAUCGUGAAUCGAAUUUUAUAUCGAAUUCUAAAAUCUAUUGCUAUUGUUGAUGUUUUGUGAAUAAAAACUAUUGCUAUAUUUCAUUUUAAAAAGGACUUUUUAUUCUACAUAUUUUACAAGUUUGAAAAAUGGAGAACAAUUUUCUUUGUUGCAUUGUGGUACAAAUAUUAGCUACGUUCUCGUUAUCAUAAAGUGAGCAAGAAACCUAAUCAGCAAGUACAACAAGAAAGACUUCUUAAAAAUCACCUGUUUAUCAAUCUUAAAAAAAAAUCUCUUGGUUUACACAGGUCACUCUCUAAAUUAGUACUUGAUGUGCUCAAUUCAAACAUAAGUAUUGUUGCAGGCUCGAAAACAAAGGAAAAACGUUGCUGUAUCCAUCUUUAAAAUAGUUCUCUAAUGAACUCAGUAGUAUACGUAUUUUUCUUCACAAAUAUUCAUAUAUAACUCUAAUAAUGAAAUAUAGACGAGGGGGUCUAUAAGUUUCUCUAUACAAAACAUACUAAAAUUCCAUCUCGUAUCGGUUCUCAUGAUUGAAAGUUCUAGUGAUCACAAAACCUUACUAAUUCAAAAGCGAAGAAAUCAUUCUUGAAAAUAUUCUUACAUUUAUUACAGUUCCAUUCAUUUUAAGCAAGCUUAAUCAAAAAUCUAACUUUAAAAUCACUACUUAGCGGGUUGAAGUUAUUUUCAUACAGGAAAUGGGAUAAUUUCAAUGAGUUGUUUCGAUUACAUUAUGUGAGGAUGCAUGUAUAUAAUUUAUAUUAUUGUUUCAAAUUAUUAUUCUUCUUUGCUAUAAUUUAAUUUAACUUAGUUUUCCCGUCGUUAUGCUAGUUGAGCAAUGAUUAUCAGCAUUUAGCGAAAUUUCAAAAAUGAUUCCUUCAGACACCCAUCAAAAUAAAACUAAAAUAGUCUCUCUCUAAAUGCCAAAAUUAACAUCUAAGAAAAUAUCCAAAUUUGAAACAAUAUGUUCAAUAAACGAAAAAAUCACAUUUGGCUGAUCUAUUUACAAUAUUACGAAUUUAACAUAUAGCGGUUUUCACAUUUUACGUCAUAUAUAGAUGUUAUUUAGUUAAUAAACAUUCACAAUUAUUUAAAAGUACACUUGCUUAGUAGAUUCUCCUUCAAUUUUUUUUUCUUGGAAAAUUUUCGAAAUGCACCAGGAUGGAAUACAAAAAAAAAAAAAUAGGAUGUUUAGAUUUCGAAAUCCAGCCGAUACAUCAAGGACUUCGGAAGCACAUUAAUUCCUAUUUUGUGUUCUGACAUUGAAUUCGAUACAAACUGGUGGAAAUCAGUAUAAUGAAAAUCAUCAAUUUAUCCAUGACAAUUAUUAAUGUUAGUUCAUUACAUGAUGGAUAUUUGGAGCAGAUAGUUUCAAGGUGUGACCAGGCCAGUAGCCUUUUUCCCUGAAUUCAGACUGAAAUCUUAUUAAAAAUCCCGAAAAAUCAGUGAGCAACGAAAACUUAAGAUAACAAGGCACAAAAUUUCUGAGUAACAUAUGAAAAUAUCCUUUAGGCAGUUUGUACCUUCGUUGCUGCUCCUACAAAUUAAAUCCUGAUAAAUUUAAGUGAAUACAUUGCAAACGAAGAUAUAAAUCCCCACCUCUGAUUCAAUUUUUUUAAAUUUUGCUCAAGAACAUUUCCUAUUGAAUUAACACAAUAUGAGUGAGGGAAUGAAAAAUAAAACAAAACAAAAAUGUCCAUGUUCUUAGUAUAAUUUCAAUGUAUCACUCAAUUAAUAUUCAACAGAUUUGUUCAAAUUUAAAUGUGACAUUAUGUUAAUUAACAUUUCCAAACGAAAAUCGCAACAAUAAUGUUACUUAGCAAUUAUCUAUACAUAACAAAAAGAAAGAAGAGAUUAAUAGGUUGGAGCUCUAACACAGAUAUUUAGGAGUACUAGUUUUCUACCAACCCACUUCAAGUCUCACUCUUACAGUCUUCAAGAGAAAGCCUUUCAACUGGACAUAAAUUACGCUUCUCACUUUUCAAGUAUGGCGCCUCAAAUUCAAUAUGAAACUUAAUGCAUUUCUUGUCGAAAGUCAAUGGAGAUAACAGUUUUACAAAAUGAUGUACUGAUCCAAUAUUUUCC